ACGGCGGUGGCGGAGAAGUCGCUGACGCUGGCAAGCCAAGCCAAGUUGAGCACCAAGGAGCUGCCAUGGCUGGUGGGCAACCCUGAGAUCGCGAUUCAUGUUUUGGCUGCGAGUCCUGGAACGUGCCAAAUCCGUCCAACAUCUCCUGGUCAACUCUUUCCCCCAUGAGUCAGGUCAACAACACGAACAGAGGAGCUGCCACCGCCGCCCGCAACCUCUGCCCAUUGGGCCGUUGAUGCUCGCCCACCGCACCAGCAACCUCAGCAUGUGGGAAGAAGACCGAAGCUGCCUGCAGUGGCUGGAGCAGCACCCUCCCGGCUCCAUCGUGUACGUGUCGUUCGGCAGCUGGGUGGCGCCGCUCUCGCCGGAACGGGUCGCGGAGUUCGCGCUCGGGCUCGCGGCGGCUGGCCGACCGUUCCUGUGGGCGCUGAGAGAGGACGACGCGUGGCGGUGCGGGGUUUCUGGAGGGUUACCGGGGAAUCUUCCUGGGAAAAUCGUGGCGUGGGCGCCGCAGAGACCGGCCGUGGGGUGCUACCUCACGCACUGCGGGUGGAACUCGACCUUGGAGGCGAUCCAACACGAGAAGUGGCUGCUGUGCUACCCGGUCGCCGGAGACCAGUUCGUGAACGCGGAGUUCAUCCUCAAGGGGUGGGGCAUCGGCGCCAUGCUUGACGGCUCCGCCGGGAGGUCGGCGGUGGAGGACGGCAUAAAGAGGGUGAUGGCAACCGAGGAGGGCGCCGUGAUGCAAGAGAGGCUGGUGCGGUUGAGGAGGAGAGUUAUGGGGGAAUGUGGAAAGAGUUCCACAGCCAUGGAAAAUCUACAAGGUUUCUUCGAUGGGAUGAACGGAGAUCAGAGGCAGAAGAAAUACCAAAAGGAGGAAGAAAUAGAAAAGCAUUUACUCUGUUCAGACCUUCAUAAUUUCAAAAUUUCAAAAAGAAGCCUCGACUCAUCUGGACCGGAUUUAACCGGACCGGUCUAA